UCUGGAAAAAGAGUAGGAAUGUGCCAGGUUUGCAACUAUGGACCUGGACGGCACCCAUACCCAGAGGCUCCGCCCCUCCUGGAAGGCCCUCUCCUAUGGGUGUGCCCGGCCCAUCCGGAAGUCCCGCCUCCAAGAGUGCCCCCCCCCCGGAAAGCUCACCUGGAAGGCGAGCUGAAGGGUGAGGCCGCGGUGUCGCAUGAGUUGGGGUACAUGCACGUAGUACGAUGAACUUCUCGUGAAACUUUUCUGGAUUGCGUUUGUACCUUGUGCUAUAAAAUGGACCCAGAAAUCAAGCUGGCACCGAGGAGCUGAGAGGCCAAGGAGAAAGAGAUGUAAACUGGGAGACAGGAAUAGGGUGUGCAUGAGGUACCCCCAGGGCCCGGGUCCUAGUCCAGCUGCUUUAGUCCCCAAAGAGCUCCUGGGGUGGGGUGGCCUGGCAUGGCUCCUACACCAUGCAGCUGCUGGGUGAGGGCCGUAUGUCUGUCUGCUUCAGACCGCGUUGCUGCACGCGCUGGUGCAGCUCAGCGGAGUACCCUCUGAGGUCUGAGUGAGCCCCUCUUCUCCCUCUGUCCACUCAAUCCGCGGGCUCCCACUCUACCCUCUGCACACAUUCACCCAGUCUACAAAGUCUAGCUUUGCAGUCAGGCGGGGCUUGAUCAAGCCUUAGUCCUGUGACUGGGCGGUGACCUCUACCCCUGCCUUGUUCCCCUCAAGGUGCCUACAGCACCAGAUCCAGGGCUAGAUGGGCAGGCAGUUCAACUCCUAACUGGCCAGAAGGCCUGAAUCUCCUGCUCCGAGGGCGGAUGGGGAUGGGCACGGGGAUUGGCUGGAGCCGAGGGCGUGGGUGUGGGCGUGGCGUCUCCAGGGAAACCUAUCCAGCUACCCUAGCCGGGUCUUGACCUCUAAGACUUGGGAACCGUGGAGGGAGUGCUCUCCUAGCCCAGUUAGAAGAGGACAGACAUGGAAAGGGAUCGUUCCUUUGUCAUCCUGGACCACAGAGCCAGAGGUCCACUGGAGGAGCAGGACGACCAGCCCCCAGCUGUGGAGGACCACAGGCACCUGGACAGCUAUGACCUCGUCACUGCAAGGGAUGGACGGGUAUCCCCAAGAGAGGAGGAUGAGGAGUCUGAGGGGCCUCUGAGUGAGCGGGACCUGCAGAAGGCCUCCAUCCAGCUGGUCCAUGGCGUGCAGACCUGGCAGGACGGCUGUGUCUACCGAGGGGAGUUUGGGCUCAAUGUGAAGCUCGGGUACGGCGAAUUCUCUUGGCCCACGGGCGAGGCCUACCGUGGGCAGUUUUACCGUGACCACUGCCAUGGCCUGGGCACCUACAUGUGGCCAGAUGGCUCCAGCUUCACAGGCACGUUUUACCUCAGCCAAAGGGAAGGCUAUGGCAGCAUGAACCUCAAGACGCGGGUCUUCCAGGGCCUGUAUAAAGCAGACAUACGAUUUGGGCCGGGCAUCGAGACCUACCCCGAUGGCAGCCAGGACGUGGGGCUGUGGUUCCGUGAGCAUCUCGUCAAACUGGCCACGAAGACCGCCUGCAGCUUCUCGGUGCUCAGCUACCCAGAGUUCUCGGCCUUCCUCACAUGCUCUCAGGAGAGGAUCAGCCUCUCAGAUGAGGAGAGAGUGGAGUGGGGCCCACCCGAGGGCCAAGACCCCUUCUUCUAUGAGUACAAGCGGUUUCUCCUGAAGGAUAACCUGACAUUGCCCCCAGAAUUGCAGGUCUACUCCACUGACCACUGCCACCUACCCAUGACAGCCUCCUUCCGGAGAGAGCUGGACGCCCAGAUCUUUAUGGAUGACCUCCCGCCAUGUGUUGACGAGGGAGAACCCUGGUUUAUAAGGAAUGAAACUCCUUUAUUGGUCAAAAUCCAGAAGCAGGCUUACAGGUUCAGGAACAAGAAAGCUCACACCAGUUGGAAUAUGGGUGCCAUCUUGGAGGGAGACCGCAGUGGCUUUGCAUGCAUUGGGCCCAAGGAACAGUUUUCCCAGGAGAUGAUCUUGAAGGCGGAGGAAGGGGACCAUGACUGGAUUUAUGGGAUUCUGAAGGACAAUCUGGCCUAUGCUGAUGUUGCCGAUGCAAAGGGCUACACUGUGCUUGCUGCAGCUGCUGUGCAUUGUCACAAUGACGUUGUCAACCUUCUCCUGGACCACGGGGCCAAUGUGAACAAGCUCACGGAUGAGGGCCUCACACCACUCAACAUGUGCUUCCUCCUCUAUUACCCCAGCAAGUCCUUCAAGCCCAACAUUGCCGAGAGGACUGUGCCCCAGGAAAACCUGAAGCCCCUCCUCAUUCCCAAACUGUUGCCUUCAUGUGUGGAGACGAACGUGGAGUCCACCUACGAGGUGGCCACACUUGCCCUGGGCAGCGGGGAGCAGAGGCUGCCAUCACACACCGCGGGCAGCCAGGAGAAGGGCUCAGGCCCGGGCUCUCUGCAGUCUUCAGAAUCCAGCUCGCCCUCGUGUCAGCGCGCCAUCAGGAGCAGGGAGAGAGGGCCAGAGGGCUUGGCAGGAGGCCUGGACAUGUCCUCCCCAUGCAGUGAGGCGCACUUCGAGUCCAACCUGUGUGUGCACAACUACUCCAUCGAGCUGUCGAGGGACAUGCUGGAGAAGAGUGCCCAGGCCUACAGCACACUGCAGGUCCCCGCUGCCCCGGACAAGGGGACUGUGAGGAGCCUGGCGCGGUCCAUGGUUGAACACAGAUGCCGGUGGCUGACCAUCAAGCUGCUUCUGCACCGAGGCGCAGACCCCAACCUGUGCUGUGUGCCCAUGCGGGCCCUGUUCUUCGCUGUGAAGGCCGGGGAUGUGGACGGGGUACGGCUGCUGCUGGAGAGUGGGGCCAGGACUGAUAUCCGGUACCCACCCCAGCUGGGGGCCCUGACCCCGCUCCACAUUGCUGCCGCCCUUCCGGGAGAAGAGGGUGUCAGGAUCACGGAGCUGCUACUCCAUGCCAUCACUGACGUGAACGCCAAGGCUGCUGACCAGGAUGACAUGUAUAAACCAGGCAAGCUGGACCUGCUGCCCUCAAGCCUGAAACUCAACAAUGAGCCAGGCCCACCCAGCAUCUACUACACAGUGCGCACACCCACAGCAGAGGAGGGCGGCAGGACGCCCCUGCAUGUGGCCUGUGAGCGGGAGGACAGUCAUAAGUGUGCCAGGGAUGUCGUGCAUCUCCUUCUCUCCCACGGGGCAAAUCCCAACUUGCUGUGGAGUGGCCACUCCCCACUGUCCCUGUCCAUCGCCAGUGGGAACGACCUGAUUGUGAAGGAGCUCCUGUCCUAUGGGGCUGACCCCAACCUGCCCCUGACCAGAGGCUUGGGCAGUGCCCUGUGUGUCAUCUGCGACCUGGCCUAUGAGCAGCAGAGGAGCACAGACAACAAGAUCACCCUGAUUGACCGGCUCCUGAACCACGGGGCUGACAUCCUGAAGCCAGUGAUGCUCACUCAGGGUGACAAGGUGGCAGUGGGCACAGUCGUGGACUAUGGCUACUUCAAGUUCUUCCAGGACUGGAAGAUCGCCCACUGCCCCUUCCACGUGCUGCUGCCAGCAGAGCGGGAGACGCUUCUCGCCCGGAAGAGGCUCCUGGAGUACAUGGGCUUCCAGCUGCGGCUUGCUGUGCUUGCCAAGGAACGGGAAUGGGACUGGAAGGCGAUGUCCCAGAGCAGGAAAGCGGAGCUGAGCCCUGGCCACAGGAUGAAGAAGAGAAGCUUUGGCCUGGCCAAGGCCCUGGUGGAAGAAGGACAGGAGCUUGCCCCCUUCUUCAAGUUCUGCUACCAGUGUGGCCGCUCCAUUGGCGUCUGCCUCACACCCUGCACCCGCUGCUAUGGGAUCCUGACCUGCAGCAAGUACUGCAAGUCCAAGGCCUGGGCUGAGUUCCACAAGAGGGACUGCAAUGAAAUGAUGGCUGUGGUCGGGGCCGUGCCAGGCCGGCAGAGGACAGGUACAGGCCCAAGGGGGCCUGGCAGGGGACACGGGGAGUCUUCAGACUGGUUUUCCAUCUGGGCUUCGCUGUCCCUAGGCCACAGGGCUCUGGGCUUGGGCUGGUGUGGGAGUUGCCCUCAGCCUGGCUCUUGGCCCCAGAGCACGGUGGACAGGGCCUUGUAGAAGCCACCUGAUCUCCUGACCCCCCUCCUGCCCUCUCUACUGGCAGUAGGCACAGUGUGGAGGCCACGCUCCCUCUUGUUGGUGGGCCUGUGCAGUGGGCUUGGCCCAAGGAUGGGGAGGGAGCACGGGCAAGGGCUUCCUCAGGGCCUGCACCACCUUUGCUGGCCCUGUCCUGAGACAGCUGGCUGUGCACCUCUGAUUCCUCCUCUGGGAACCGCAGGCACCAGGCACCGGUUGCCCAGGUUGGGCUGCUACAGAUGCACCUGCACCCUCAGCCUGGCUGUGGGGGGCUGCAGAGAGCAAGGCUGACCCUCCUUCUCCCUGUGCUUGUCUUGUCCAGUGCCUGGCUCUGCACAUACCUACAGGAGGGCAGGAGACUCUCACUGAGAAGCAGUGAUGCUGGUGCCUGGGAGAGUCCGAGGCUGUGCCCGUGUCUCACUGCCCAGGGGUCACCUCUGUGCUCUGCAGUGGCUGCAGCAGGAAGUCUGGCACCCUGCGGCUGCAUGUGCAACGUCUCCAUCUACCAUGCAAUAAAGCGGCCUUGGUGUGCACCUGAAGGUCUGUGCGCUGCUGUGUCCCACCCGAGUCGAGGCCUAGCACUGGCCACACCCGCCUUGCUUGCCUCCUGCUGGCCCGGCAUGGGAUGUGUGUUGUGCUUCAGGGAGAGGCAGGUGCAAGGCAGCUGACGGUCAUGGGAAUGGGGGUUCCAGGAUGCUCCCAGAGCCAUACGGCCGGCCCCUCCUUUACUGUCUCAGUGCCUUUGUGGGCUCACAGCUCCUUGCAGGGUCCAGAGUGUCUUAAAUGUUUCCCGUGUACCAAGUGAGUUCCUGGGCACUGGGUAUGCAGAAAGUGCUGUGGUUGAGAGGGCGAGGGGCUGGGGCAGUGCCAUGUAGAUGGAGAGUGAGAUGUCCUUUCCCAGAGAGGAGGAAGGGGGCAGUGAGGGGCCACCCCACGUGAGGGGGAAUGUGGUGGGGACAGCAUGUCCUCACAGAAAGAUGGAGUGGGGGGUUUGCUGCCUGCCGGGAGCAGAGUAACUGGGGGUGGUGGGAGAGGGGGCUGGAGCUGGCCAGGUGAGGGCCCCUCCCCAGGCUGCCUUUUGCUGGCCAACAGUCAUGGAAAUGACUGUUUUACCUGAUUUCUUGCCUGUCACAAGUGUGCAGGUGUGGGGGUACACUUGGGCGUGCUGAGCAGAGACCUAGACAUAGACGAGGAAGAGCCUGGUGGAGGGAGGUGCCGCCCAGCUCGUGGGUGGCUUUCUGGGAAUGGGGGCUCCUGAUAGAGCUGAGGACCAGCCUCCUAAACCCUGGCACCGACCACUGUCACCAUGGUGAGCCAGCUUCCCACCCCAGGGCCACCGCUGGGAGAGCUCAGGGUGGACACUCAGCUGUCCAGGUCACCUUUGCUCCACCCCAUCAGCCACAGUAAGGCGAGCAGCGUGCGGUAGUUUUCUACCAGCCCCUGCGUGUGCUUCCCACCCUGCCUCACCUUACACGGCACAGAGGCCACAGAGACCCCUGAGAGAGGCUCAGCACCCGGGGUGGCAGACGGAGGCACACGUGUGCAAAUCUAAGCACAGAGACCCACUCUUCAUGCUCCAAGUCAGGCCGUGGCACCUUCCUGUGCACUACAUUUCCACAACACAUUGCUCCCAUGUGAAGAUUGCUCUAUUUUUUUUUUUUUUGCUCUGAUUAUUUGUGAAAUACACGCUUACUGUUAAAAAGACACAAAGGCAAGAAUAAUACUGAAAACAUCAUAGUCUCUGCUCUUUGAAUGCCUCGGGGAGCAUCUUCCUGUGCCUGCACCCCACCUUCUCUAGCUCCAGGAGCUGAUCAGGACGGCACAGUCCACUCCGCAUCUCUGCCACCUUCCCCACUGUGCCUGCUCUGCCACUCCUCAUGCACAAGGCCACUGCAUUCUGCAGACACCCGCGGAUGUCUGGCCAGGUCAGAGGACUCAGUCUUUACAGGAGGCUCUGCGCACAGGGCCUACUCACCCCUUCAGUAGUUCCAGAAAGUUAAACUCCAUUCUCUAGUGCAUUCCACCCUGUGUUCCAUGUUCCCCUUGCUCCCGGGGAGAUCACACAGCUCCCACAGUGGCCUGGGACCCCUCAGCACAGCUGAGCAGGGGAUCUUGCUUGUGUGAACAUCUUGCCCACGUACAUGUACUGAGUGACCUGUGUCCUCUGCCCUGCUCCC